AUGGCCGAGUCUGGGACCGCGGAAGCCACUCCAACGGCAUCAUUUGAUAUCAUCAUUGUAGGCGGUGGCACAGCUGGGUGCGUCUUAGCCUCUCGCCUAUCAUCCAUUAGUCACUUGAGUGUUCUUCUCCUUGAAGCUGGUCCGGACAACAAUGCAGACCCUCAAGUGUCCACGCCGCUUACCAGCCGCCGCAUCAGCGCAAUCAACUCCCACAGUCUGGUGUACCCCAACCGGGCAAUGCACGAUGCGUGGGCUGAGAUCUCACGAGAACAGCGUUGGUCUUGGGAUCGGAUGGAGUCCUUUUACAAGAGGUUUCAAACUGUCCAAGUCUCAGGAGUGACCCGAAAAGAUGCCUCAAGCACUGAGCCGGAGACGUCCGGCCCGAUCCAAGCAUCAUACCCGAGGCACACAAACACCCUGCAGAGAGCGUGGGAAGAGGUCUUUCGCUCCCUCGGCGCAUAUUCCGAUGAGGAUGGGAUGUCUGGUCUCGCGACUGGGGGCGUCACUACAACAAAUGCAAUCGAUGCCCGGUCUAUGAAAGGCGAAAGAAGUCAUUCUGGCAACUCAUUCCUAAAGCCAGCAUUGGAUCGAGCGAACCUCAGCGUUGAGACACAUGCAAGACUGAGGAAAGUCAACUUUCAAGAGACCAGCCACGGCGAUACAAAGUUACUGAAGGCUAUCGGGGUAACGUAUGAGCAACGAGGCAUCACGGUUUCUGUGGGGGCAGAUAAGGAGGUUAUCUUGUGCGCAGGAGCCUUUGGCAGUCCUCAGAUCCUGGAACUAUCCGGCAUUGGAAGUAAAGAGAUUCUCAAAGUCGCGGGCGUCCCAUGCUUGGUAGACCUUCCCGGAGUUGGAGAGAACCUCCAGGAUCACCUCAACUACGGGCCAAGCGUUGAGAUCGACGUUGACAUCGAGACAUUAGACAAUUUUACCACGGAUCCAGCAGUGGCGGAGAAGGAAAGACAGGAAUAUGAGCAGUCUCGAACAGGGGUUCUCUCAGAAGGAGCGGCAUACAGCUUUGCAUACUGGCCGCUACAGCUAUUCAACACCGCAUCCGAGGAGGCUGACCUGAAGAGGCUGUUGGAGGAAUAUCGCGAGGCGGGCGAUUCAAGAUAUCAAUCACAUCACGACUUCGUCAGAACGAUGAUCAUGGAUCGACAAGAAGCAAGCGCCACGGUCUUUAUGACACGCAUUCAGAGAUACACCACAGCUGGCAGUAAAGCCCCAGGCAACUAUAUGACAGUCGUGGCCAUGUUGUCACACCCAUUCAGCCGGGGAUCGUCGCACAUUCAUGUUGCAGACCCACACGGAUCCCCGAUCAUUGACUUCAAGUAUCUGUCUCAUCCACUAGACGCUGAGAUACUGGCCCGGCAUACCAUUCAAAUUGAGCGACUUCUUGAGCAGCCAACUUACGCGUCCAUACUCAAGCCGGGCGGCAACCGCCUUCCGGCAGAAUAUAACGACGUCAUGAGGACUCCGGAAGAAGCAAAAGAAGCAAUCAGUAAAUACGGGGCGACGAACUACCACCCAUGCGGAACUUGUGCUAUGGCAACAGCUGAUCUUGGUGGUGUCGUUGAUGGAGAGCUUCGAGUGUACGGAACGAGCAAUUUGCGGAUUUGUGAUGCCAGCAUUUUCCCUGUCAUACCCAGAGGCAACAUUCUUACUACGGUCUACGCAGUUGCUGAAAGUGGUGCGGAGAUGAUUGGAAAAUUGUACACAUAG